AUGGCCGUCACCAACGCCGUCACCGACCUCGUCGCAUCCAUCGGCGAGCUGCUCUCGUCCAUCUUCGGCGCCGCCUACAGCAUCGUGCAUUCCUUCAUCACCGGCGUCCUCGGUUUGUUUGCCGGCUUCAUUUCCAUGAUCGGCGACCUCGUCAAGGGCGUGUUUGACCUGGUUGGCGGGAUGGGCAGGUUCGUUGCCGCCAACGCCGUCGUCAUCGCCCUCGUCGCCGCCGCGGGGUACGCAUACGUGCGCUUCGUCCAGCAGCCGCAGCAGCAAGGACGUAAGCCCAUCGGCGUCAACGGCGCUGGGAUUGGGAAGAAGACUAACUAA